UUCAGAGGAGAAGCGAGACGCUGUUGGACCUCCUCCAGAACCUGCCACUAAUGCUUCAUACAGUGAAGGAGCCAAAUCCUCUGGUUGGUUCCUGCUGUGGCUGCUGAUGCUCUGCCUCCUCCUGCUGACCAGCAUCGGCAUCAUCAGCUGGAUGGGUGUUGAGCUGGGGAAACAGCAGGAAGAGCUCAGGCAACAGGUGGGGAAGGUGAGAAGCCUGGAGAACCGAACAGAAGAACUAACAGAGGAAAGAGGAAACUUGGAGAACCAGACGAAUCAGCUGAGCCUGGAGAAAAUCCUGCUGGAGGAAGAAGUGCAGCAGCUCAGCAGACUGAGGGAAGCCAUCUUGGCUUCAGAAAACUUUCCAGUAAAAGAUUUCUGUCCAGAUAAAAAGUGCCAGCCCUGCCAGACCAACUGGAUCCAGUUCCAGGGAAAGUGCUACCUGUUUUAUGAGGCUUACUGUGAGACCUGGAGCAAAGCCCGGGAGUUCUGCCGCAGUAAAGCAGCUGAUCUGGUUCUUGUUGAUAAUCUGCAGGAAAAGGAAUUCCUCAAGAAUCAUCUGAAGUCUUACAGCGGCUGCUGGUACCAGUUGUCCUGCCAGUUCUACUGGUCAGCUUCAAACCCUUUUGGCUACUGGACAGAACGGGGACUGAUGACGUUUGAGGGGAAUCUGAUCCAGAACUGGAACGCAGCAGGAUAUUCUAGCAGAAACAAAUUCAUGUGUGAGGGGAACGUCAUGGUGUGGCCCAAAUAAGCAGCACCGACUCAAACAGCUUGUAAUUCACAAAUGUUUGCUUGCAGAUGUUGAUGGAAGUAAACCUGGUUAUUUUACCAGACAGAAACAAAAAGAAGAAAAACUUUGACUCCAGUGAAACUAUCUGAUUUUAAGACACAAUUCUUACUCAAAUUGUCUUUAUUUCAUAACCUUAAGGAAAUAUUUGCAGCUUCCAGGCCAGAAUAUAACAGUUUAACGUUGCCUUGAACUGAUGCAAAUAGUUUUACUGCUUUCCGAUAAUUCAUCUACUUUAAGUCUCAGAUUACUGUGUUUGUGAAACCUGGAGGAUUUCUUUUUUGAGUUCAAUAAAAACCAAAAACAUUUGAAUAUUUUUAUUCAUUAAAGAUAAAAAUAACCUGAAUCACUAAACAGAGCAUGGAAGCAGUUCAAAGUGGUUUA